UGUUGUGUUUUGUUUGUAAACUUUACGAUUUUGUUUUCACUUUCGUUUAUUGUUUUUCUUAAAGGUGAUAGUUAAUUAAAAGGUCUAGUUAUCUUGAAGAAUAAUCAUUAGGUAAGCAAACGUAGAUUAAGUUAUACAUUGUAAGUGGCCGUUGUCCGUUAUGCCUAAAAGUGUUACUUAUGCAAUCUACUCAGCUAUACUUGUUUCUAUGAUGUAAUAUUUUAUCAAUCUCUCUUCGUAUCUUCACUGCAGUUCUUUGUCUUUCGAAUUUAGAACGCAUAUGUUAUAAAAAGUUCUGUGUACUUUUACCUCUUUAGUAUCUUAAAAUGGGUGUAAAAACUUUUUGGUGUUGUUUUUUGCUGUUUGUGAGUUUUGUGCGUACUCGAGAGACCCAAGACCAAAGAUUCAGUCUUCAACAAGUAGUGAUAUUAAGCAGACAUGGAUUACGAACUCCAUUGUCUAAAUAUUUGGCCGAUAUGACUCCGAGAACUUGGCCUACAUGGAAAGAAAAGCCUGGGUAUCUAACUGCUAAAGGAAAGAUUUUAGAAGGAUAUAUGGGAAGAUUUUUCUCUGUCUGGUUGUCUCAAGAAGGUCUACUAACCGAAAAUUGUCCGUCCGAAGAUAUUUUCUAUGUGUACGCUAACACAAAACAAAGGACACGAGCUUCAGCUUUGGCAUUCGUAAAAAAUGCUUUCCCAAAAUGUAAUAUUACGAUUCACACAUCAAAUACUGAAGUUGACCCAGUCUUUAACCCAGUUAUACAUAAUAAGUCUGCGAUUUUCAGAGAUAUUGUCAUAGACGACAUGAAAGCUCAAUUUAAAACGUUAUCUUUAAAUAAUUCAUACAAAGAUCUAGACCUUAUUUUAGAUUUUAAGAACUCUGAGAUAUGCAGAGAUGAGCAUAAAUGUAAUCUGGCUACGGACAAAAAUAAAGCAUACGUUGUGAGCGGAGAAAAGCCAAACAUAUCUGGGCCGUUGAAAAUAGGGAACUCUGUUGUUGAUGCAUUUGUUAUGCAGUAUUACGAAGGGUUUCCGUUGAAUGAUGUCGCUUGGGGAUGUCUUAAAUCGCCUAAAGAAUGGCAAUCUUUGAUGCGAUUAAGUAGAAGCUACCAUAAUAUAAUUUUUAAUUCAACGUUAGUUGCAAAAGAUAUCGCACAACCUCUAAUAAAAUUCAUGUCCAAUAUUUUCCUCAACGAUAGCGUCCCAAAGAUUUCACUAUUAAUGGGUCACGAUGCAAAUAUGUAUACCGUCUUAAAUAGCCUAGAUUUCAAACCAUAUUCGUUGGAAAACCAGCAUGAAUUGACUCCAAUAGGCGGUAAAAUUGUAUUUCAGAAAUGGUUUGACAACAUCAAAAAGGAGGAAUUAUUAAAAAUCCAUUACGUUUACCAAUCAUAUCGGCAGCUAAGACAAUCUUCAGAACUCAGUUUGGAAAACCCACCGCAGUUCAAAUUACUGGAAUUAAACCAAUGUGAAAUCGAUGAAAAUGGUUUUUGUUCUUGGAGUGACUUUGAAAAAAUAAUUGAGAGUUUAAAAGAAUCUUAACAAAAUAAUUCUUUAAUCCACAAAGAGGAAGCUCAUGGCCUGCAUCUCACCUGAUGGAAAGUGAUGAUCAGGCUGAAGGUGGAAGUGAGCUUCACCUGGAAUCCUCAACCACAGAGGAACUGGCUAUCUUACCUCUAAUAAUAUUUUAUUCUUUACUACACUACAGAUUUUUUGAGGCUUUACUUGUGUUUGUAUAUUACCUAACUAAUGUAUAUUGAAUUCAUACACAAACCUGUUAUGUGUAAAUAAUCAAACGAGUUGUAACAGUUUAUGAGAUUAAUUAGAUAACUUUAGUACCUUACUAAUAUAAAACUAAAUUUUUCAUUAUGUACUAAAA